AUGCUCGCAGAGUUUCCCGCCCACGCCAAAUCGCACAUCACAGGCUUCCAGUCCGGAAACGGUCCGUUCCGCUUCUGGCCGAAAGCUCCCAAGCUGGGUGCUAAGACACCCAAGAAGGAGGACACUCCUUCAACGAAGCCGGUCGAGGACAAGGCCGAUGACGCCAAGGAACAGAUCAGUCUCAAGGACAAUGACGCCAGCGAGAAAGUUCAGCAGGCUGGCGAUACCAGCGUUGCCGACACAAGCGAGCUUUCCGAGGCUGAUCCCCAGCCUAUCGCGGACUCCGAUGAUGAGGAGACCGUGCCAGGCUCGAAGGAGGCUGCAAAGGACGAAGGUACCGAUGACGACGAUGGCCUCACUCCCGGCGAUACCGAAGAUGCCGCCGAAGAGGCAGGCGACGAGGCCUCGAACAAGGGCAGCAGUGCUCUUGGCGGUCUAAAGAGUGCUGCAGGUGGCCUUGGCAAGGGCGUUUCUGGCCUCGUUGGCAAGGGCAAAGACGCUGCAGGCGGCGCUGCGGACAAGGCCAGCAAAGGCGAUGUGACCGGCGCUGCGACAGGCGCGAAGGACGACAUCCAAGAAGGAGCCGAAGAUGCAGCGGAAGAUGUCCAGGACGGCGCAGAAAAGACUCAAGGUGAUGUCACAGAGAGCGCGGCGGACGGCGCUGAGGACCGCGAUACCUACGAUGUCCCACAGGUCAGUGACCGCCUCUUCGGCGGCAAGGGCUCAGGCGAAGGCGCGACCGACAAAGCAUCUGGUGCGCUAGAAGGCGCCAAGGAUACCGUUGAAGACACAGCCGAAGGUGCCAAAGAGACUGCAGAGGACGCCGCCGAGGAUCCUCAAGCCACGGCAGAAGACGCAGCUCAAGGCGCCAAAGAUACUGCAGAGGACGCAGUUGACGGUGCCAAGGACACUGCCGAAGAUGCUGCUGAUGGCGUCAAGGAAACCGCAGAGGACGCCGCCGAAGGCGCAGAUGCGGAGGGCGUCAAGGACACUGCAGAAGACGCCGUUGAUGGCGCCAAAGAUACUGCCGAAGAUGCUGCUGGCCAAGUCGCGGAUCUGUCUAUGCUCAAGGGUCUCAAGGUCGACAAAGGUGGAGACAUCCUCGACUCUGACGGAAAUGCCAUCGGCAAAUUAGCAGAAGGCGAUCCCGAAGACCUCGAGGGCUACGAAGUCGGCGAUGACGGAGAAAUCCUCGACGAAGACGGAGAUGUCAUCGGCCGCGUUGACCUCACCGACAAAGCACAAGAGCUCGCUGGCCAAGCUAAAGACACCGCCGAGGACGCCGCCGAGGAUGCUCAGGACACCGCAGAAGAUGCUGUGGACGAGGCCAAGGAAGGCGUCGAGACAUACCUCCCAGAUCUUGACGUCCUGAAGGGUCUCGAAGUCCAGGAGAACGGCGAAAUCCUCGACAAAGAAGGCAAUGUCCUGGGCAAGAUCACCGAGGGUGACCCGGCUGAUCUUGUCGGCAUGACCCUCAAUGAGAACGGCGAAGUUCUUGAUGAGGAUGGAGAUGCCAUCGGUCGUGCCGAGACUCUGCCUCAAGAAGUCAAGAAAGAGGCCGAAGGCGAGCUCCCUGGUCUUGACGCCCUCGAAGGCCUCAAGGUCGGAGAAGGUGGUGAGAUUAAGGAUGCUGAUGGCAACCUUCUGGGCAAGAUCACGGAAGGGGACCCUGCGGACCUUCAGGGCCUCGAAGUCACCAAAGACGGAGAGGUUCUCGACGAGGAUGGCGAUGUCAUCGGCCGUGCUGAGAUCGUGCCCGAAGCAGCAGAUGCUCUUGGUGAAGCUGGCGAAGGUGUCCAGCCCGAAGCCCUCAAGGAAGCCCUGGCUAAGGUCGAGGACAUCGAAGAACAGCUCAAGCCCAACCUCAUGAUCGUCGAAGGUCGCAAGCUCAACAAGAAGGGCAACAUCUUGGACGAUGAAGGCGAGGUUCUUGCCAAGCUCGUCGAAGGUGAUGCCAAAGAGUGCGCAGGCAAGGUGCCUAAUGAGAACGGCGAGAUCCUGGAUGAUGAUGGAAACGUCAUCGGCAAAGUCGAGGUCGUUGAGGGCGAGGCCGCUGACGAGGCCAUGAAGGAGCUCAACCCCGAGCUCGUCGGCCAGCUUGAGGAGGCGCAGCAAGCUGUUGAGGAAGCAGAGAAGGAGGCUGAGGGCGCUGCCGACGAAGCCAAGGAUGCCGCCGAAGAAGCCAAGGAGGCAGCAGACGAAGCUAAGCCAGAUUUCUCGCAACUUGAGGGCCUCAAGGUCAACAAGAAGGGCGAAGUCGUCAACGAAGAUGGCGACCCAAUUGCCAAGCUCUCCGAGGGGUACGACCUUGAGCAAGUUCGAGGAAAGAAGAUCAAUGAAAAUGGCGAGAUCCUCGAUGCUGAGGGCAACGUCAUUGGCAAGGUCGAAUUCCUGCAGUCCGCCAUUGACGACGGUGUUGUCAAGAUGGAGGAAGUUGCCGACGAGGCAUCCAAGCAGGAUACCACGAUUCUUGAGGGCCUCAAGGUCAACAAGAAGGGUUUCGUCCUCGAUGAGGAAGGUGAGCAAAUCGCUAAACUCGUUGAAGGAGAGCUCGAGGAUUGUGCUGGCAAGAAAUUGAAUGACAAGGGCGAAGUCCUCGACAAGGAGGGCAAUGUCAUCGGCAAAGUUGAGUUGAUCCCACAAGAAGGUGAAGAAGAGGGCGAGCCAGAGGAGGAAGAUGAUGAUCGCCCGCCAGUCUCGAUCCUCGAAGGCCUCAAGGUGAACAAGACCGGCAAGAUUGUCGACUCUGACGGCAAUAUCGUCGGAGAACUCGUUGAAGGUGACGCCAAGAAGCUCUGGAAGUCUGGCAGUACUUGCGAUGCGGAAGGCAAGUUCUGGGACAACAAAGGCAAUGUCAUCGGUCGCGCCGAGACCGUUGCUCGGGAGGACAAGGAAGACGAGGCUCAGUUCGCUGGCCUCGAGGGACUUGUCGUCGUCGCAGAUGGCUGGGUCGAGGAUGAGAACGGCAACAGAGUUGGCAAGGUCGUUGAGGGUGAUCCAAAGAAACUCGUCGGCCGUUCCGUUGAUGAAGAUGGCGACAUACUCGACAAGCGCGGCAACGCCGUGGGCCAUGCCGAGCGGUACGAAGAGCCCGACGCCGAGCCCGAGGAGGAGGCUGCCCCCAUUGAUCUCUCUGAGAUGAAGGGCCUCAAGCUGAACAAGCAUGGCAAUGUCAUCGGCCCUGAUGGUGUACCCAUUGGUCGCCUGGUCGAAGGCAAUGCCAAAGAGCUUGCUGGCCGCCGCGUCGAUGGCGAAGGCAAGAUUUGGGACGAUACUGGUAAGGUCGUCGGUCGCGUGGAGCUGAUUCCUCCUCAGGACCGCGAAGCGAAGCCCGAAGGCAUCUUCGGUGGCCUUGAAGGCCUUCACGUGGUGAAAGACGGCUGGGUCGAGGACGGAGAAGGCAACAGAGUCGGCAAAGUUGUCGACGGCGACCCGAAGAAGCUCGUCGGUCAGAAGGUCGACGAAGACGGCGACAUCAUCGACAAGAACGGCGAUGUCAAGGGUCACGCCGAACCUUGGGAGGAAGAGGAAGAAGCCCCUGAGGACCUGUCUUCACUUGAGGGUAAGACAGUCAAUAAGCAAGGCAAAGUUGUCGACGAGCACGGAACAAUCUUCGGUGAAGUCAUCGAGGGUGACGUCAAACGUCUUGUGGGCUGCAAAGUUGACGGAAAGGGCCAGAUCUGGUCCAAUGAUGGAAAAGUCAUUGGCAAGGCUGGUGUCAUUGCUGGCGGCGAGAAGAGUGCCGAUGGCCCGUUCUCCGGAUUCGAGGUUACAUCUGUGCAGAAAGAUGGCACUGUUGUGAACGGCUCUGGUGAUAUCAUCGGUCGCAUCACUGAGGGUGAAGUUACUAAGCUCGUUGGCCGCAAGGUCGACGAUGAUGGAGACAUCAGCGACAAGAAUGGCAACGUGAUUGGCCACGCCGAGCGUUGGGAGCCUGAAGAGAAGGAGCGCGAAGUGUCUCCUAUGUCGGGUCUCAAGGUCAAUAAGGAAGGUGAAGUCCGCGAUACGAAUGGCGACGUUAUCGGACGUCUCACCGAAGGUCAACUCACCUCUUGCGUCGGCAAGACCAUCGAUGACAAUGGACAUGUCGUGGACCAGGAUGGCAACAAGCUCGGUGAGGUUACCUUGCUCGAGAACAUCCCCGAAGAGGAGGAACAAGGCAUGACCGAGGAAGAGGAAGAGGAAGAGAUUGCCAAGAAGAUUGGCAACAUCAUCAACCAAACCCUCGAGAAGAUGGAGCCCAUCUGCAAGGAUAUCACGGACCUGGUCGAAAAGGCCGAUCGCACGCCCAAGGAGGAGCUCGACGAAGAGAAGCUCGUCAACGAUGUCAAGCCUAAAAUUGAGGAAGGUAGUCGCAUUCUGGGUGAAUGCAACGGCGCCAUUCGCGGUCUGGAUCCCGAUGGACACAUCGCAGCACAGGCCAAGGCCAAGGCUGCAUCCGGCGAAGCCUCACCGGCACAGCACCGCGUGGCUGAGGGUCUCAAGGAACUCACAUCCACAGUGGUCAAGACCAUUGACAACGCCAAGAAGCGCAUUUCAGACAUGCCGCAUGCAAAGAAGAAGCUGAAUCCCCUUUGGGGUUUGCUCACUGAGCCCCUGUUCCAGAUCAUCGCUGCCGUUGGUCUACUGCUCAGCGGUGUUUUGGGUCUGGUGGGGAAGCUACUUAAUGCCCUUGGCCUGGGUGGCUUGGUCAAUGGUAUCCUCGGAGGCCUGGGCGUCGACAAGCUGCUUGGUGGCCUUGGCCUCGGAUCCAUAGGAGAGUCGCUCGGUUUGGGCGGCGGCAAGAAGAAGUAG